UAAUUGAAUUCCCCAUCCUGAAGCUGAAUGGCAGGACAAUGGAGAUUGAAUCUACUUUCCAUAUGUAUGUGCAACCAGUGGUGCAUCCUCAGCUCACACCUUUCUGUACUGAGCUGACUGGAAUUAUUCAGGCCAUGGUGGAUGGACAGCCUAGUCUCCAGCAAGUGCUUGAGAGAGUUGAUGAGUGGAUGGCAAAGGAAGGCCUUUUGGAUCCCACGGUCAAGUCUAUUUUUGUUACCUGUGGAGAUUGGGACUUGAAAGUAAUGUUACCUGGACAAUGCCAGUACUUAGGGCUUCCAGUUGCUGAUUACUUCAAACAGUGGAUUAAUCUCAAAAAGGCAUACAGCUUUGCCAUGGGGAGCUGGCCAAAGAAUGGGCUGUUAGAUAUGAACAAAGGACUGAAUCUACAGCACAUAGGAAGGCCUCACAGUGGGAUAGAUGAUUGCAAGAACAUUGCCAACAUCAUGAAGACGCUGGCCCACAGAGGGUUCAUCUUCAAGCAGACCUCCAAGCCCUUUUGAUCUCUGGGGCCGGCCGGACAGGGCUGCAUGCGGCCGGCUCCUGCUACAUGGGUGCGAUGGGCUGGAGCAUUCGAAUGACAGAAAGAGGACAGAGGAACGAGCAACCCCACGACUCCGUCAGUUUUGCUGUUCUGCCAGUAGAGGCUGUAUAUAUGGAACUGGAUUCUCUGUGUAGGCCUGAAGUGACUCCCUCUCUAGGGCCAGCUGCCUGCCCGGCCUGGUCCAGCCUGCAGCCCCCUAGGGCGCUUGCUCCACAUGGUUAGAGACGUAGAUUGUUUUCCCUUUUGUUGGCUUCUGAUUCCCAUUGGCGUCUCUCUUUCUCUCUCUCUCUCUCUCUCUCUCUCUCUCUCUUUCUCUCUGUGCUCACAAUUGCGCCUGUAGCAAGACCGUGGUGCUAUGUUCUGGGCACUUGCCCUCUUUAUUUUGAGUACAUUAUCUCAAGAGCUGCGGUCAAGCCCCUCUUCUCCUGUGUGAAUCUGUUACUGUGUCUCCUGCGUGUCGGCUAAAUAUUGACUGAGCAGCAUCCAGACAGUCCCCUUUCGGCAGCAGCCUUCUGCUCGUUCCCUUUCUGAUUUCAAUAAACACUAAGCCCCAUCCCUGGUUCCUCCUGUAUGUGAUUAAGGAAGCUCGGCUCUUUCUGUUCAAGGUGAAGUGCCUGUAUUCCAUGCCCACCAAAAGCCACCUAUAUCCCUGGGAUUUCAUUCAGCAGGGGCUAUAUUACAUGCUAGAGCAUCCUGGCUGAUGCUCAUCUGACGUGCAGCACUUCUUGCACCCAGGUCUCUUGUUGGUGCAUCCUCAGAAUGUCAGGGGCCCUAUUUAAGUGUGUUUUCGUGCUUGCACAUGACCAUCAUGUAGUAUGCAGUCCAUUGCGGGCAGUGGACAUGCCCAAUAUACUGCUUGUCCAGCCAAGGAGUUGUAUUCCUAGCCUCAGUACACUGUAGCAAUCAGCACAACAAUUGAAAUCUCUGUUCUUUUCCCUUUACAAUCUGACUAAUUUCCCUUUUCACAAUGGCUGAAACCAGUGUGUUGCCUGAGAGAUAUGGCCUAUCCAGUUCCCAAUGCCCUGCAUCAGUAUAAAGGGAGGAAGAUCAACCUACUUCCUCCUUCUCCUAGCUCAGUGUUUUUCCUGACAGAAUAGCCUUCCCUGGCCCUUGCUGAAUGGACCCCCAGGGGCAUAGGCUCCAGCUGCCAUCAACUUGGGAGCCACACCAAGAGGGCUCUGCUUAUGCAGCAAUCGGACUGUGUGAGCCGAUACAGGCACUGGGCCUUCCCAAUAAUAAUGCAUGGUGUGUGGAUGUUCCAGCUGAACCCAACCUGACCUCUUCAUUGGCUCGUUACUCCCAUCCUUGCUGUAAAUGUGCCACAUGAAUAAAGUUUGGGGGAAAGGAA